UGAUAUGAUCAGCUGACAGUUCAUUCGUGUUGUUAUUGUGCUCGCUAUCUAGCGUAUAUAACGAAGUAAUUUAGGGUUGCUAGCUUGCUAGCGGUCGAAAUUGGUGUUAAUACUGUGGUUCAUUUUAAUUUUCAAUGUGUUUCUCGUAGAUUUAAAAAGUGGUAUAGUUACACAUAUUUAUUUGACUAACGUUAGUCGUGAUAUCAAAGGAGCUGUCACUCCUAUUUAGCUCUCGUGCAGGAUGACUUCUCGGCGACCGGACAAUUUUGACGGUUUAGGUUACAGAGGUAUUGAGGAUCCUGCUUACAGUGGGGGCUACAGUGGAAGGUCAUUUAAUAAUUCUUCUAGUGUGGACCUGCAGAAUUGGGUAACAACACCGCCAGAUAUUCCAGGUAGCCGAAAUUUACAUUUUGGUGAACGCACGCCCCAAUUUGAGGCGGCCCCUGCAGCACCUGGUGCUGAAGAUACUCUGCCCACAGCUCCUCCAUCCGAGCAGUUGAACAGAUUUGCUGGAUUUGGUAUCGGGCUUGCAAGUCUCUUUACUGAAAAUGUCCUGGCUCACCCUUGCAUUGUGUUUCGUCGUCAGUGCCAGGUCAAUUAUCACGCCAGGUGCUACCAUCUGUCCCCAUUGACUGCUAUCAGUGUGAUGUAUAAUGUCACCAAGAGUCAGGGUCCUAAGGCCUUAUGGAAAGGAAUGGGCAGCACCUUUGUGGUACAGGGAGUCACAUUGGGAACAGAAGGCAUCAUAAGUGAAUGCACUCCACUACCACGAGAACUCUCCCACAAAUGGAACCCCAAGCAAGUUAUUGGGCAUUUGGCUCUGAAAGGUUUGACCUGUGUGGUUGCCAUGCCAUUUUACUCAGCAAGCCUCAUUGAAACUGUGCAGAGUGAGAUCAUCCGGGACAACCCUGGAAUCCUGGACUGUGUGAAGGAGGGUGUGGGCCGGGUCAUGGGAAUGGGCGUCCCCCACAGCAAGCGCCUGCUGCCACUAUGGGGUCUCAUGCUCCCCACCAUGCUCCACGGGGUCCUCCACUAUGUGGUGAGCUCCACCGUGCAGAGGCUGGUUCUCUUCCUCCUGCGCCGGAAGAGUCCGGCCAAGCAGCCCGUGGACGGCUCGGAGACGGUCCAGACCAUGCUGGAUGCUUACUUCCCAGAACUCAUGGCUAGUUUUGUGGCCAGUCUGUGUGCCGAUGUCCUCCUCUAUCCGCUGGAGAUGGUGAUGCACAGGCUCCACAUCCAGGGCACGCGCACCAUCAUCGACAACACAGACCUGGGCUUUGAGGUCCUGCCCAUCAACACGCAGUAUGAAGGCAUCUGGGACUGUGUAAAUGUGAUCCGGCGAGAGGAGGGAGCCCUGGGAUUCUACAAAGGCUUCGGCUCCAUCGUGGUGCAGUACUCGCUACACGCCGCCGUACUGCAGAUCACCAAAGUGAUCUAUUCCACCUUGCUGCAAAACGCUUAAAGAAAAACAAUGCAAAAUAUUCCUAAAUGUUAGUUUGACUUGGUGGUUGCCCCUUUGAAACCCUGUUUUUUUUCAUGCCAGUCUGGGUUGUGCUCAUUCUGGAAAAGGUUGUCAUUUUCAAAAAAACUAAAAUACCAAAAGAUGGCUUGAUUAUUUUUUCUGUCCAGAAGCACAUUUCGAGUGUUUUGCCGAGAAUGGUGUCCCUAAUUGUCAGCACUUCCACUGUGUCACAAAGCACUGAAUAAUAAAUCAUAUGUACUAUGAUACAUGGAAUCAAUAAAUAUCCCCAAUGGUCAUA